CGGGAUCCAAAGAGUCUUUGAUUUGAGAUCUGUGACUUUCUUGUUUACCUUGUUAUUAUCUUCUCCCCCUUUGGGUUUCGCUAUAUUUUAGAACUAUAGUGAAAAAAACUGCAUUUGUGUGUGAAUUGAUUGAUUCUCUCUUGUUCUUUAUUUUUCACAAGAAAAUUUUCGCUAUUUUCUGUGGAAAAAGGAUUGGCAUUUUAAGGUGGAGUUUGGUGCCUCUACUUUACUGAUAUAUUUGUUAAUUUCUCGUUGCUGUCUCCUGAUCGCUUUUUUGGAGGAAAACUACAACUCUACUGUCUACGAAUUUGAAGAUGAAAACAAGCAGGACUGCUGGUGGAUUUAACAUGCUUGGCGUUGACUAAUGGGUUUUCCCAAUUUGAUCUAUUUAAAAAAUCUGCUUUCUUUAGAUGGCCUCAAAACCCAGUGCUGGGACUUCCCCAGAAAAGCAGAGAAAAGCCAUUGGUAAUCAGACACCAGAAGGAAAGUUCCGCAGGCCCUCACCUUUACAGAUUACAAAGACAAGCAAAUCAGAGCCAGUCACCCCAAGAAAACCACCUCAAAGUGCACAAGUUGCAUCUAAACACGUUUCUGUAGUGACAACUGAGGACAACAAAUCACUGAUUUCUCAAAAAUCAGACAAUGUAAAUUCUUUAGUCGAUAAGGUAUCUUCUAGUUUGGCCUUUGUUGAUCCAAAACAAGGGCUAACUUGUGCGGAUCCUGAAGGGAGUGAUGCUAGGGACUCACCAGAAAGUACUACUGAUAAAAAAAGUAAAAAUUUACAGAAUGAAAUUGGCGCUAGUUCUGCUGAGGUUAGUGAUGGGACCAGCAGCAUCGCAAAGACUAGUGGAAGUGCCAAAAUCAGCGAAAAAGCUGAUUUUGUUGAGAGUGGGAAAAGCAGUGCGAACAGAGGGAGCACAAGCAGUGAUGUCAGUGAUGAGAGUACUUGUAGCAGUUUAAGUAGCAGUGUCAACAAACCUCACAAAGCCAAUGAUAUGCGUUGGGAAGCUAUACAGGCUGUACGUGCAAAAGAUGGUGUAUUGGGUGUGAACCAUUUCAGAUUGCUGAAGAGGUUGGGCUGUGGGGAUAUUGGAAGUGUGUAUCUUUCUGAAUUGAGUGGAACAAAGUGUUACUUUGCAAUGAAGGUUAUGGACAAAGCAUCUUUAGCAAGUCGUAAGAAACUUCUACGAGCUCAAACAGAGAGAGAAAUACUGCAGUGUUUGGACCAUCCCUUUCUUCCAACUUUAUAUACCCAUUUUGAGACUGACAAAUUCUCAUGUUUGGUUAUGGAGUUUUGCCCCGGUGGUGACUUGCACACUCUUCGACAAAGGCAGCCAGGAAAGCAUUUUUCUGAGCGGGCGGUAAAGUUCUACAUAGCAGAGGUUCUCCUUGCUCUAGAAUAUCUCCAUAUGCUUGGAAUUGUUUACCGUGACCUCAAGCCGGAAAAUGUUCUUGUCCGUGAAGAUGGACACAUAAUGCUUUCUGACUUUGAUCUUUCCCUCCGCUGUGCAGUGAGCCCAACAUUAGUCAAGUCUUCAGCUCCUGAAGGCGAGCACUUGAGAAAGAACCCAGCUUAUUGUGUUCAACCAGCCUGCAUUGAGCCAUCUUGUAUCCAGCCUUCAUGCGUUGCGCCCACCACCUGUUUUUCCCCUAGAAUCUUUUUAAGCAAAUCCAGGAAAGACCGAAAGCCCAAGAAUGAAAUGGGAAACCAAGUCACCCCGUUGCCGGAACUUAUUGCGGAGCCAACUGAUGCACGUUCCAUGUCUUUUGUAGGAACACAUGAAUACCUGGCCCCUGAAAUUAUAAAGGGGGAAGGACAUGGAAGUGCCGUAGAUUGGUGGACUUUUGGCAUCUUUCUGUAUGAGUUACUUUUUGGUAAAACUCCUUUCAAGGGAUGUGGGAACCGGGCCACCCUGUUCAAUGUUGUGGGUCUGCCAUUGCGAUUUCCUGAGUCACCGGUUGUCAGCUUCUCAGCAAAGGACCUAAUUAGGGGCUUGCUAGUGAAAGAGCCACAGCAUAGGUUGGCUUAUAAACGAGGAGCUACAGAGAUUAAACAACAUCCCUUCUUUGAAGGUGUAAACUGGGCAUUGAUUCGGUGCGCGAGCCCACCUGAGAUUCCUAGGCCACCUGAAAUAGAGCAUAUUCCAGCAUCACCAUCAACAAGUGGUAAAGGUGCACUUGCUGUUCUUCCUGAGCAGAACAAUUAUCUGGAAUUUGAUUUCUUUUAGUUGUUCUUGAAACUGAUCUUAUAUUUGUUUUUUCCGCCCUCCUCAGCCAAUAUGUAGAGUCUCUAGAACAUUGAAGUUGUGGAAAUUAGGGUUUUUGAAUUGAUAAUAGUCGUUUGUUCAAUGUUGUUAUUAAACCUUUUCAUAUUUGUGUUGGAAGGAAGUUGAGUAUCUGAAA